AACCGAUCUGUCGAGGUCCAACUCAGUCGUCGAAGGACUUCGCGCUUCGAAGGAGACAGGUGUCUGGAUCCCGGCCAAAAACCAGCCAACACGGUGGGGAUCUGGAAGAGGUUGGAUCGCGAUCCUGAUCGACGCAGUGGAACCAGUUCUCUAUAGUGACAGUUUCGUCGAUCUCGUGAUCCUCCGGGCAGGAGUGGGAUACGCGUGUUCGUAGUUUCUCGAUCGCGGACUUGGAGGACAGUGCCGCUUCUCGUGAUUAACGUUUUGGUGAAACGCUGUUUCCUUCGGAGCAGACACAGUGCUGUGACGGAGCUUUUGUGGCGUUUUGUGAGAGAGAAACUGGAGGCGCGGACGCGCUGAAAUGACGGUGACCACUAACUUCUCGAUGAUGCGACCCUGCUUCACUGGAUACCCCUUUCAAGAUUUAGGAUCGAUACCAGGUCAGGGACGCGUCAAUCAGCUCGGGGGUGUCUUUAUAAAUGGACGGCCGUUGCCGAAUCACAUUCGAUUGAAAAUUGUCGAGAUGGCCGCAGCCGGAGUUAGACCUUGCGUUAUUUCAAGACAACUGAGGGUGUCGCACGGAUGCGUGUCGAAGAUUUUGAAUCGAUACCAAGAGACCGGGAGCAUCAGGCCAGGAGUGAUCGGCGGCAGUAAGCCAAGAGUGGCUACGCCGGAGGUCGAGGCCAGGAUCGAAGAGUACAAGCGCGAUAAUCCGGGAAUUUUCUCGUGGGAAAUUCGGGAUAGACUGAUCAAGGAGGGAAUUUGCGACAGGACCAGCGCUCCGAGCGUUUCUGCGAUUUCCAGGCUGCUCCGAGGACGAGAUCCGGAAGACGAGGCGAAACUCGGCGACGGUAAAACGAGUUCAGGCUCCGAUUGCGAGAGCGAGCCAGGCAUUCCGUUGAAAAGGAAACAACGAAGAAGUCGAACCACCUUCACUGCUCAUCAGUUGGACGAGCUGGAGAGAGCUUUCGAAAGGACGCAGUAUCCCGACAUCUACACCAGGGAAGAACUGGCUCAAAGAACCAAAUUGACGGAAGCUAGGAUUCAAGUCUGGUUCAGUAACAGAAGAGCCAGAUUGAGGAAACAGUUGUCGUCGAGCGGUUCCGGCGGAUACGUCGGUUCCGUAGCUUAUCCCGCUGCUUCUUACGUUCUUCAUCCACCGACCGCGCCGCAUCCCCAUGCCGCCACUGCCGUUCCACCCGCUCAUCCUCAUCCUCAUCCGCAUGGACAGACUCUGCCAGACACCACCUUCUCGUCCAGUCAAGUUCCAGAGUUGUACUCUUCGCACCACACCACGAUGUCGCAUCAAUUGGCUUCCGAUUCGUCUCGUUUACCCUCGUCGGUGGGUUCCACGCCUAGCUACAGUCUGCCACCGUCGGUCACAUACUCCAGUUCGCUCUUGCCGGCAACCUCGUCGACCAGCAGCAGCCACUUGAGCCACCAAGUAUCUCCGGUGGCGCCCGUGUCGUCGACUUACCAACAGGCUGGCAGUCAUCAACUUCCACCGACUCCUAACUCGUUGGUGACCAUGAUGGGUCCCAACUCCGGUAACUCGAACCCAUCGUCGGAGCAGCUAACCUCGUCCGACCUUCCACCGAUCAGCUCGGUAUCGCCAGUGCAACAGCAGCAGCAACAGCAACAACAGCAGCAAGCCAGCCAGGGUAACAGUUCGCCCUCGUGGAACCUUCCGAUCUCUAGCGGAGGAAGGGUAGGUCUACCGAGUCCACCUUCGAGUUUGCAACAACAACAUGCUCAUCCCGCUCAUCCGCACCAAGCUUUCGCUAGCCAUUACGGUGCACAGGGCUUCCAACAACCACCUAGACCGGCUCCUCAUCAACCCUUUUACACCUGGUACUGAAACGGCUGUUACCUUCCUGUUUCGUAUUUAUCGAAUAAAGUAGCCACUGGUUUGGCUUACUAGUUCGAUUACGGGAAGCGACGCGAAAGGAUCGUCUCUAGUUAGAUUUCCCUAGGUUCUCUGUAGGCUCUAAGUUUUCUCCGAGUCUUGGACUUCUUUCCUAAGCUCUAGAUUUUGCUCCUAAACCCUUUCCGGAUUAUCCCGAAUUCCAAAGGAGACUCCUCCUACUUUUUCUGUAAUUAUAAAGUCAACGGAAGCCGUCCGAAUGUACAUAUAGAAUUGCGCGCUUCUGCUGAAACGUAGUAAAACGAAAGACGGAUAGAUAGGUCGACGAAUAGUUAUUUAUUGAAUGUGUAUUGUAUACGAUCGAAUCGAGACUGAGGGCAGCAGCAAUCGUUUAACAUUGCCGCGAGGAACGUUAGUUACAUUUGCGAUGUAUAUCAUGUAUAAUAGUUAUGUUUUAAACGUAUUGCAAAAUACCGGGUUGUAAUUAACCAAGUCGAAGUUUUUGCUUGAAUUAGGUAAUUUAAUUUUUGCUGGUAUCGGUGAUACGCGUUACUGAACGUUAAUAAACGUACCAGAGCGAGUGGCGAAGAACGAACAUAAAAUGCCAGUAAAUUCGAUAAUUGUUUAAGUUGUAAAUUUCAGCGACGAACAAUCCGUGCGUGCACGAAAAUUAGCGUAGUACGAAAACCUCUCGAGUUUUAGACAAACGAAUCCAGUGAUUGUGUUUAUAGUUCGCGUAACAAUGAAUCGUAAAUUACGGAUAUAGUGGCAAUCACUGUUCGAUGUAUACAUAGAAGGCAGUUUGCGGGCGACUGUCGUGCGCGAAGCAUCGAGAAUAUUUCUCGCUUGUAAAUUCAUGUAUUUUGUAUAGUUGUAAUUAAUAUCGUAGUUAGUUAAUUAAGUAGCGCAUGUAUAUACGUUCGUCCUUAGUGUUCGGAUUUUCCGUUCCAAGGAUCGGUUGUCCCACGAUUUACAGUACGACCAAAAAAUGUAUUUAAUAUUGUAAAUAGCCCACGUAGCUCGUAAGUUUGCGAUUACUCUAAUUUUAGUUGAAAAUCUGUGUGAGAACUGUUUCGUCGAGCAAAGGAGAAAUAAAUCGAUAUCGUCAACAAAUUAAAAUAAACAAUUUAUAGUUCUAUCCUGCGAUUAUAAUUUUGUCGUUAACGAUCUUAAAAGAAUAUUGCUUGCUCGACCGUAAGCAUUUAGCUUCGAUGUUUGAAAAAUAUUGUAAAUGAUUACCGUCGUAUUACGUAUGUAAAGUAUUGUA